UGAACUGUUGCUAUAGAAACUUUAUGUCAUGUCAUGCAUUAUUGUUCCAAAUAUUGAUCACACAAUUCCUAAAAAAGAAAUAUUCUGUGUCAAAUCCAAUCCGAGCAAUGUCGACGACCAAUUCACACCAAUCCAAUCAACCCGACACGCUUUCGAAAAGUGCCUCGACCUCCGACGCUUCCGGCGACGAACUCUCCGCCGAUGAGGAAAACUACGACAAUGAGAGCUUCGAGGACGACUCGCAGGACGAAGACGCCGACUUCGAGGAGCUGAGUCUGAGCACCCUGGAAAGACUCAAGGACAUACACAAACCCACGGUUUUCCCCAACCGAACUUUCACUCCAGCUCAAAUCCGGGAAAUCGAGCGGGAGAACGCUAUCUUGAUGAACAAAAUUUUGACUUAUAGCCGGAAACCGGCCCGCCCGAAGUCGCUCCCGAACAAGUACCACGUAACCAGCUCGGCGAUCAAUCGCAGGAGAGCGCAGAAGAAGAUUGACUGGGAAAAUCAGAUUUUGUUGAAGAAAAUUCAGGCAGUGAAGCCGGUCGUCAAAUACUGAAGCCAAGACAGAAAAAUAUAGAGGUAAUUGUGUUUGCCAAAUAAAUAUAUUUUUUUACA